AUGGCUACAAAUGGGGUCAACGGUACUAUCAAGACUGUAGACGAUGUCAUUCAAGGCGCGUCGAAGUACAACGCGGUACCUCUUUGGCCGCAGAUGGUGAAAUAUAACCCGCCGAAGCCAAAUCCGAAAUGCGUUCCUUACAUCUGGCGGUACGAGGAUGUGCGUCCAUAUCUCCUCAAAGCGGGCGAACUCGUUAAAGAGAAAGAUGCAGAAAGGAGGGUGCUCAUGUUGAUCAAUCCGAAAAGAGGAAAUGGUGGCUUUGCUGCUGUCCAUGGGCAACGCAUCCAAAUGAACCGCGGUGAUGUGAUCCUUACGCCCACCUGGAACUGGCAUGACCACGGCAAGGAUGGUUCUGGGCCAAUGAUUUGGCUUGACGGACUGGAUUUACCACAGUUUCAGCACUUCCCAGUGCAUUUCGUUGAGCAUUUCAAAGAGAAGAGAUAUCCUGCUGAGAACGUAGACUCCUGGCAUAGUCCAAUUGUCUUUCCCUGGGAGGCUAUGAAAGCGGCCCUGGAUAAGAGUGUAGGAGACUGGGCAACGCAGGAGUAUAGGAAGGCCGAUGGAAGUUACGUUAGCAAAACGCUGGGACCUUCAGCGGAGCGUAUCGAUGCUGGAAAGUCAUCGGUACCGCGGCGCGAGACGACAUCUUGCGUGUACCACGUUAUAUCUGGGACGGGCCAUUCCGUCAUUGAUGGACAGAGGCUGGAAUGGAAACAGGGCGAUACGUUCUGCAUUCCAUCGUGGUAUGGGUACCAGUUAUUCGCUGGUGCAAACGAGACGGUGUAUUUGUAUCGAUUCGACGACAAGCCGAUGAUCGAAGCGUUGGGUUUCUACCGAAGCGAGAGUGCGCAAGACGAUUAA